ACAGUUAAGACAGAGUGUUCUGUAAUAAUAAUGUUACACCUGGAUUUAUUAACAAACUAUAUUAACACACCUGUUAUAACUGCUAGAAGAAAGUAAAUAACAAAAACUUGUUUAACUGGACUAUAUAUGUAUUUUUUUUGUGAGUGAAGAAAUUUUCAUUAGCCACACCAUAUGUCCUACAGAUAACCACAUUCGGGUUUAGCAUGAUAAGUAACAGAGUGAACAUGGUACAUGGAUGAUAUCGACACAUGGGACAUAAUAAAUAUUAAAACUCCAUUUAUUAUAAGACUUAUCUCUAAUACAUGUAAUGCAAUAUGAAGGGAGUGAGGUUUAAAAGGAAACCAAGAAUUUGACCUGCCAAUCACAACUUGAAAUAAUGCAGGAAAUUUCACUUGGUGUGUUUCCUGAGUUAAGGUCCACUGUACAUAGAGCAGAGAGACUCAGUCAAUUGUUUGUCUCAUUUCUACGAAAAGGCAUAUCAGAUUAUGUAAGAUUCUAAUAUAUUCAGUGUAUAUGUUUGCUGACUGUGAACAAGAGAUUUUACCCAAUGUAAAGUAUUUCUUACAAUAAAAGAGAGGAUUAGUUAAAUGUGAAUCAUGAUAAUCCUCAAAGAUAAAUAGGUCAUACAACUACCUGAAAUAGAAUGAAGUCAGAUUGUAUAAACAUACCAUCACAAUUAUACUAAAGAAGUUACUUAUGUCCAGAAUCGACACGACAAUAUGACUACAGGAAAUUUAUCCAGUGACCAAAUCGAAACAAGUUAUGCCGAUGAUUCGACAUCAGUGACCCAAGUAAAGAUGUCAGGAGUCACAACAAUGACUUUAACACCAACCAUGUCAGAGAUGGAUGUAAACUCUCUGAUUCCAUCUGCAACUGAACUAAGUGUUUCACCCAGCGAAUCAACAGAAUCAACGGAUAAACUUGCCUCCUCUUAUUCUAACAUCCUGUUAACUAGUUCUGAUGUGCAAUAUAAUAAUGACAUAAACAGUCUCAGCGUAUCAAAUACUCAGGAAAUAAUAAUGUAUGACCAAUCGUUUCUAUCUGCUUCUAUGUCAAGUGGUGUAUCUCCUAGUAUCAGUAUAUCGACUAUGACCGAUCCGGUCACAUCUCAAAAUCAUAACUCCCUUAUUAGUAUUACUUCAUCAAUGCAAACGCCUAGCCAAAAUGACAUUAUCGUAAGUAGUUCCAUGAUAAAUGUUCUUCCAGAUUCCAGAACUUUACCAAGUGCUAGUGUGACUUUGAGUAGUAUUCAGCCAUCAUCUACAUUCCAGGGAGGAUCUAGUACAUCUGCGAUAGUUUCUUCACCUGGAAUAGGAUUUACAUCAGAUACAUCUAAUAUUAUCUCUAGUUCAACAUCAACACCUGGUACUUCAGAAAGAAAAUUUGAUUUCACAGUGUUAUAUAUAGCUCUACCUGUUAGUUUUAUUAUUAUAUUGAUAGUACUUAUAGCUUCUUUCGUUGGUUACAACAAACGCAAAAAGAAACGAUUUACGAUGAGAUCAGAUAGUAGAGAUUUAUGGAUGAAUCCUGUAUCUGACAUAUCUUUACAACCAAAUUCUAUAUCAUCUAAUAAUGUUGGUGGUCAAUCUACAGAACAACCAACACAAUCAACUACUACUGUUAAUAAUAAAAAUAUAGCAGAACUAGAUUCUAAAGGAAUUAAAAUCUAUCGUGUGGUUUAUCCAUUUGAUGCUACAUUAGAAACUCAGAUCAGUUUACAGAAAGAUGAUGUAGUAUCAGUAACGGAACAAGCUGAAAAUGGCUGGUUCCGUGGUGAAGUAUUAGGAAAAACAGGAUGGUUUCCCUCAAGCUAUGUAGAAGAAAUAAAACCACCAACUCUUCUAGAAAAGAUGGAAAAUGAAAGUUCUCUGAAAAAGAAAAGUCGAGUGACAUCUUUUUUGUUGAAAAAGAAGGACAAACAACGUAAAAGAUCUAGACGUGAACAAAUAGAAGAUGAUGAAGAUGAAGUUGACGAUUCUGAAAAAGAUUCGGGUUUUGUAGCAGAGGUAAUAAACAUGUCUGAUAUAGGUAGUACUGUACCAAUAGAAGUAGAUGAUAUUGAUAUCACUCAAACAUCAACAGGUAAACUAUUUAAAGCUGUAUUUAUGUAUAAACCAGCAUGUAAAGGAGAGAUAGGUUUAUUAGAAGGAGAUAUAAUAAUAUGUAAAGACAGAGAUAGAAAUGGCUGGAUGAGUGGACUUAAUAUGAGGACUAAUGAAGAUGGUUGGUUUCCAGCAGUCUAUGUUAAUGAGGCAUCAGAAGAGGAUAUUCCUGCUGAACCAACUCCUAAACCAGUUACAUAUGAUCGACUUACAGCCAAUAAAAACAGAACUUCUAAUCAAGAAGGAAUUGGCAUAGAACAUAAAGCUCUAUAUAGCUACUCUUCAUUGAAGUCAGAAGAUUUACAGUUUGAAGCUGGUGAUACUAUUGUGGUAUUUGAAACAUUAGAUAAUGGUUGGUGGCUUGGUUGUCACGGUGAUGAAGUGGGCUGGUUCCCAGGAUCAUAUGUAGAGUUAGCUGAUAAAUCAGAUGAUAGUUCUAGUAAUGCUUCAAGUGGUAUCAAGAAUUUCAGUAUAUUUGAUGAUAUUGACUUGGCUAGUCUAAAAAGUGACAGAUCUUCAGCCAUAACCCUUGAUGGACUCCCAGAUGGUGACAAAGACCUUAAAAACAGUGAUGAGAAAUCCAAACUAAAGAAACGUGAAUCAAAGUCUGCACUUUCUGCUGAUUUCAAACCUGCACGGAAGGCACCUGCUCCACCCCCUGGUAGUACUAAGGUUCUUCCUUCUGGAUUAAAAACAGGUUCUCUUGGACAAAGUAAUGAAUCUCUUUUGGAAAAUAAAGAAAAUAAAACAAACAUUAAAUCUAGUGAGAAACCUGAAUUACCGGUAAGAUUUGUCAAACGUAAGUUGGUGAAGGUUCCAAAAAACAAUACUAAAAAACUCAGAAACCUGGCAGUUUUACCUCUGCCUAAUGAACGACCAUUACCCCCAAGGCCACCACCUCCUAAAAUUAACAAUCAUUCAAAAUAUAAGAAGAAUAAACCAAAACAAAACACUAACAAAUCAAAUUCAAAUCAACUAAUUAACGAUCCAGUCACUAAUAAUGGUGGCAUUGAUGCGCUUGCAGAAAGUCCUGCUUGCCAAAAACGCAAAUCAAAACCGCCUAAACCACCCACAAGAACUCAAGGUGUUGAACCUAGUGAACCAAAGACAGAAAGACACUCACUUGAUGUUUCUCUUUAUUCUAACGAAGAAUCCUUAAAUAAUUCUAUUGGACCAAAAAUAUUGAACAGAAUUUCUGCUCAUCUUCUGGAUGAGGUCACAGACAAUACAAUGACGCCUAAAACAGCUGCAAAGUUGCGAAAAGUGGCUCCACCAGUUAUACCGCCAUUAAUGAAUGGUGAUAACAAGGAGAACUGUAUUGAAGAAAAUGGAAAUGAAAGAGAAAUUAUGGAUGAUAAUGAUGACGUAAUUCAAAAUGAGUUACCAUCACAAAAUUCUCCAACAAAACCUCCUCCACCUAAAUCAUCACCACCUAAACCUCAUCGUAAUAAUCAGUUAAAUCAUGAAGAUCCUCCUGAAAUACCUUCCAAAACCAAGAAAACCAAUUUACGUAUAGCAGUAAGAAGUUUCAAAGCGCUUGAGGAAGGAGAAUUAAGUUUUGAUGAAGGAAGUUUUAUUAUGGAUAUAAAUGAGGAAUGUCCGAAACCUGGUUGGUGUGUCGGUAUGUUAGCUGAUGGUACAACUGGUAUAUAUCCCAGAACUCAUGUUGGUAAUUCACGCUCUCAACUACAAACAGAAUUAUAAAAAAGUGGUGGAAACUGAUGUGCCAUUAAUUAUGUUUGCUUUGUACAAAUUUAAUCAAACAACUUUUUAAAACGGCUUGUAUAAAUGAAGAAACAAUUUGGAAUACUUUAUCAUUGACUGUAAGAAAGUGCUAUUGGAAUGACUAUAAGUAAUAUACUACUUGAUAGAUAUAAGAUAUUAUUGUAAUGAUACUCAUGUUAUUAGCAUAAUAAUUAUGUUGCUAUUAAAUUAUUUUUGUACUUUUAAAUGUUUAUGUAUCCGUUAAGUGUACUCUUUGUGUAACAAAAUUAAUACUUUUAUCCCAUGUUUUAGAUUAUACAGUGAAACAGAACAGUUAUUUUAUGUGGCCCUGCGUUUUACACUAAAAUGUGCCAAAUUCUAAAUUCAAUGUUGAAUCUGUUAACAGAUCAUUUUAUUGUUUGAAAUACUUUGAAACCGUUUUCAAAACUAUUUAUACAUUAUAGAAUAUUCGACUCCUCAUGCCUUAUACCGAGAAUUCCACACUAUUCACAACUAUUCAUAUUUUGUCUCCAACAGAUGCUGAUAUCACUGUCUGAACAGAAGAUAAAAUGUGCCAGAUUGCCAAUAAACAAUUUUCUUAUUUAUAUUUAACAAAAAGGGCUUUCUUCAGAGAUUAAAAUGUUAUACAUUUGUACCUUCUUGACAUUGAGAUUCAGUAAAUAUAAAUCAUUGUUAAAUUUAUUGUGCCUUUAAGAAAUUCUGAAUUUUGAUCUGAAAUAUGGUAUGUAUCAAUAUAUCUAGAACAGAUAAAAUAAAUAGUGCUAGUCAAUCUAUUAUACUAGAACAAAUAUAUAGAUAUGCUAGAAUAUACAUAUACAGUACCGAAGCUCCUAUAUUUUCAUCAGCAUCUAUGGUAUAUAUGGCAGUUAUCCCUGCCAUUCAGCCACAGAGAAUCAAAAGGAUCGCCUGAUAUUUCGGUAUAUACAAUAUAAUAUUUUAAGUUUAUGUACAGUGUAUUUUGUUAUACCUUUAAGACUUAUUUUAAUGUACAUACUUGUUAUUUGAAUCCUAUUUAUUGCUCACUUUUUAUUUCAUUUUUAAAUCCUUUUAUUAUCAAAAAUUUCAUCCAUUAUUUAUUUUUUGGAAUAUUUUGUACAUAGUUUAAUUAAAGCCAUAUAUUAGUUUUAAGUUGCUUGACUAUCAUAUUUUCUUGUUACCUUUUAUCACAUGUAAGCAGGUAUUCAAAUAAUAUUGCCCUGUCUUUACUUUCAUUUUAGUUUUUAUUUGAAUAACUAAAUUAGUAUACUGGGUGAAAUUUGUUUGGGAGAAGUGAAAUCUUUCAAUUGGCUAGUUUCAUCUGGCAAAACACGAGAGAGAGAGAGAGAGAGAGAGAGAGAGAGAGAGAAAUGGGGUUUAACGUCCACUCGACACAAACUAGUUCAUUUCGGGUCUAACAUAUGGUUCAAUUUUAUUUCAAUCAUUCGUUUGCGCGUAAGGGUCUUUAGCAGUGGGAGGAAACCGAAGGACCCGGAGAAAACCCACGAGGUUGGACAGGCGACCCUACUCCUUGUCACAUACAACAGGGGAAUUGAAACCCGCCAGUUGACUCAAUGACAGACCGUAUGAUACAGCGCGCGCUAACCAUUCGCCUAGCCCCCCUCCCCCCCCCCCCCCCCCCCCCCCGCAAAACACAAGGAAUGGUGUCCUAGGCAUAUAUUUAGACCUAAAGUAGGAGGAAAUUCUCUUUGAUUUAGAUUGUCACAUGCAAAUGAAAAUAUUAUGAAAGUUGGAUCUCAAAAAGACAAGAUGGUCAAAUUCCUUUCAGUAUUUACAAAGAUAUGAUGAAUUAAAAGUUUGUCCACAUUCGAUAUCCUUUUCAGGCGAUGUAACUGACUGAGAAUUGGUCAAAGCAAGCCAAUGCGACCUACAAUCUUCACACGAAAAACUUGUGAUUGGCCUCUUUUUAAAAUCAACUGAAUUUAAGCUGGGAGAUAUUUUGACUUUGUUUUCUUAAUUAAUAAUGAUGAAUUUUAAUGUAUUCUAGUUUGGACGCAUGAAAAUUGGAUAUUUUCGGAAAAAUACAAAUAGCACUAGCGCCUUUAGAGCAAAUACCUAAUGUUAAUAUAUUAGGUUUUUUUAGGAAAUUUAUGAUAGUAAUGUCCUCGGUCACUGGACUUCAUACUUAAAUAUAUUUAUUGUUGUAAAUAUAUUUAUAUUGAAAAAUACAUGUAUAUUUGCACAUAUAGCAACACUCUUAAAUCCAAGGCAUAAUCACUAUUUUUAUAUGAAAUAUAUAUAUUCAUAAAAAUA